UGGAGCUGCUUCGGCCCAGAACCCUUAAAGGCCUGGACUUGCAGCUUGGCGAGACGGAAGGGAGGGAGGAGAAAGCAAAAGCGAGGGGGAGGGCAGCGUCGAAACCGGGACUCCCCGCCCUCUCCGGCGGGAAGCGUCAGGUGCAGGUGCGGACAAAGGGGAGCCGGGAGUCCGCCUGGGCGCAAUGGUGGACGCCGCUGCCUAAAGGCCGCCUUUGUCCCGGGAGCCGAUGGCUGAAGCCUGGCGACUAGAAGAAGACGAGGAGGAGCGGAAAGAGGUGGCCAGAAGGCACCGCAGGGCGCUUUUGAACCCGGCGACAGAUCGUUCAGAAAGAAAUAAACCAGACCACCGUUCAUCAGGCCAAGGUCCCUUGUCAUCUAUUAAAGCAGCAAUCAAGAGAACUUCCCGGACAACUUAUCACAGUGAACAGCAAAGAGAAAGAAGACGACCUGAAAUCACAAUAGUUGCAGCUGAGCCACUUGGACCAUCCUCCUGGUUUCCAGGUGGAAACUGUGUCCCUCAACAAGGGCUACUGUUCCAGUCAACUCAUAGCCAGACGCCUUGGAGAACUACUGAACUUGUUCCAGCAGAGCCACCUUCGUAUGAGCAGGUAAUCAAAGAGAUCAAUCAAGUGCCAAUCAUCCCAGCCAGCAAUAAUAAUGCUGCCUGUGCUGCUAAUUCUAGAUGUACUACUACAUCUUCAACACAGACUGACUUUCCAGAAGAGAUAAUCAGCAAUUUGCCAGCAAUAAAUGUGAAAAAUAAUUUCGCCAUUAUCUCUGAAUGCAAAAAUACUCCAGCUAUACAUAUUUCUCAGAAGCCACCUAGACCUUCAUCAUCUCUGAUAAACAACAGUCUUCCCAUCAAUGAACAACUCUUAGUUAUUUUAGAAGACCAGACAUCUCAAGAGACGUCUAGUGCUGCAGUAUGUCCUGUGCCAAAACCAAGAUCAAAGGGCAAUCUGAAACCAGUGGCUAAAGACAAUCAAGCAAACAAUCAGGAACAAACGAGCUCAUCAAGGAGCAAAAAUGAUGAGUUAACUAAUCCUUUGAUGUUUUUACUAGACAAUAGCCUUAAGGAAAGUCAUAUAGAAAUGGACAACAUGGAUACAGACAACAACCAAAGUAACAUAUUAUCACGGAUUAAAUCAUUUGAGAUGCAAGGGAAUGCUGAAACUUCAGGACUAACCAAGAAACCAGAAGCAUCUCCACGCUCAUUAGGCCCUAAACCUACCAUUAGUGCAAAAAAGCCUGUCGUGGCACCCAAGCCAGGUGUUAACAGAGCAUCCGGAGAAUGGGAGUCUGGGACAGAAAAGAAGCAAAAAGUUGCCUCCCAAGAGAAGCCCCUUCACACUGAGGAAGUUGGGAGCAACAUGAUAACCAAGCCUGAAUUGCCAAAGAAGCCAACAUUAGUGACUGUAAAGAGUAAUAGCAAUGGGCUCCUUAAUUCAGGAAGUGGGUCAGCUUUGGAGAAUACUGAUGGACAAAGAAAACUUCCCAUUCCUGCUCCUAGGCCACUUCUUCCCAAGAAGUCAGUCUCUUUUGAAAGUCCUUCUCUUCCUAUGCUUCCCCUGAAACCAACAAGUAUUGUUUCCAAGCCCUCUAUAGCUGUCCAAUCAAAUGCCAUUAGAUCCCCCGUGGAGUCUUGUCCAAGCAGCGUUGCAGCAUCUCCAACACAAAAUAUUACUUCUGCAGAAGGAGAUCUGAUCAGCUUUGAUGACAAUGUUUUAUCCUUUAACCCUGUCAAGGCUGUUCAAGAAAUUUCUCAUUCAGAAUCAGAUCUUACCAAUUUGCCAUCCAAAGCUGAAUCUGCAAAAGAGCAACCAGUUCAACCAGCUGUUGUGCGCAAACCUACUGUAAUCCGAAUCCCAUCUAAACCAGCAAAAGCUUUAAAUGACAUUCUGGAAAGCCCUCCUCCACUACCUACAGAGAAACCAAUUGGAAACACAUCUGGUAUUGCAGCUGGAAAACUCAAUAACAUCAACAUUAUUAACAAGGAACCUGAACAGCCCAGUUUGAUACAGCCAAUCAAGAAUGAGCCAGUUCUGCCUCCAAGACCCGUUCAGGGGAAAAUCAUACCAUCUCGGCCUUCUCUACCUAAAGUGGCCCCAGGAAGACCACCACCGCCAAAAUCCAACAAAAUCUCAUCUGAUACUGAUAGAUUUCCACGCUCGUCAUCUGAUGUGACACUCCAUAAGAAACCUAGCAUGCCUGGAUUGGGAAUUAAAAAAACAAAGAGUGAUGAUUUUAAAAAACAUGGCUCAGAUUUACCCCCUCGACCCAAACCAGGUCAUCCUCUAUACAACAAAUAUAUGCUUCCUGUGCAUCAUGAACUUGCUAAAGAAGACCGUUCAUCUCCAAAUGCUGGACAUCUCUCUUAUAAGGAGUCAGCUAAUAUGCAGAAGAUUACUGAUCCAAGUGUUCCUCAUGCAAUAGUACUGCAUAAUUUCACAGCAGAGCAUACUGAUGAUUUGGACCUUAGUACAGGAGACACAGUUUUUCUCUUGGAAAAAAUAGAUGAUGAGUGGUACAGAGGAAAAUGCAAGAAUCGUACUGGGAUUUUUCCUGCUAGCUUUGUUAAAAUUAUUAUUGAUACUCCAGGAGAAAAUAGCUGGAAAAAAGAGCAGCUUUCACCAGCCAAUAUUGUAGGCCCAAGAUGUAGAGCUAGAUUUGAAUACAUUGGAGACCUGAAAGAUGAAUUAAGUUUUUCAGAAGGUGAAGUUAUUAUUUUAAAAGGGUAUAUUAAUGAAGAAUGGGCCAAAGGAGAGCUGAGAGGUACUUCUGGAAUUUUCCCCUUAAAUUUUGUGGACGUUAUUGAAGAUCUACCUGAAUCAGGUGAUGGCAGUUUCCCGCUGAGGAGGAAACAUUCAGGAUCAAUGACACAGCUGGAAGGAGAAACUGGACAGUGGUGUGAUGCUCUUCAUGACUUUGCAGCAGAAACACAGGAAGAUUUAUCAUUUAAAAAAGGAGAUCGUAUUUUGAUAUUAGAACAACUGGAUUCAGAGUGGUAUAGAGGCAGGCUAAAUGGAAAGGAAGGCAUUUUCCCAGCUGUGUUUGUUCACCUUUGUUCAGGUGGAAUGCAGUCAUCAGAAUCUCAGGGAGGGAAGAAACCAAAAGCCAAGGCCCUGUAUGACUUCCAGGCAGAGAACAUAGAUGAACUUUCUUUCAAAGUUGGUGAUAUCAUAACAAGUGUAGAAUCUGUAGAUGAAGAAUGGAUGAGUGGAGAAUUACAAGACAAAUUUGGAAUAUUUCCAAAGAAUUUUGUUCAAAUUCUACAUCUUUCCUAAGGUGAAAUCCAAUUCUGGAACAUUGUUGUACAAGUGAAUACGCUGGAAGAAAACCGCGCUAUAUUCUGGGCAGCGGAGAAAGAGUGCUAUCUGUGAUCAUUUUAUCUAGACUAUCAAAUGCAUUUUUGCACUAUUUUUGAAAAAAUGUUUACUAGACUGUAUAAUAUUUCGUUUUUAGUUUAUACUGAGCGUCAGACCCUGGGCAGAAUACGAAGCCUUAUUAUUUCAACUUGGUGCAUUUUAAUCAUUUUAUAUACUUUCUGUGGGGGUGCAAUGGUUCAGCAAUUAAAGAUGCUGACAGCCCGGGUUUGAGACCUCAGUGCAAUGCAACAGGGUAAGCUCCUGUCACCUGCUCCAGCUUCUGACCACCUAGCAGUUUGAAAGCAUGCAAAUGUGAGUAGAUAAAUAGGUACCACUUCAAUGGGAAGGUAACAGUGUUCU